AUGGAUUCCCUCACCCACCCCACCGCUGCGGAUAUCGAAGAGUUGGCGGAACAUCUGCAUAGCAUAGGAACUGGAGGCUUCCCAAAAUCCCCCCCUCGAUAUCGCGACUCGCCGGCGCUGCAUGAGCGGCAUGAACGGGAUGAAUUUUGGAACGAGCCGCAUGACCAGCGGCGCAAGGUGGCAUCGAGUGGUGGCUUCUCGCCGUCGCCGUCGCAGUCAUCCUACCUUGCCGACUCCAAGGAGGUGGAAUUUGGACAGCAUUGGACUCCGCUGUCCGACUACAACGACCCUGUCUACGUUCCAAGAUCCGCUCACUCGGUGAGAACAUCGUCAAACAGCGUAUCUUCAUCGAUCCGGAAAGACUCGAGAGCUUCGGACACAAGGAGACCGUCGCAGUCCGCUGCCAGCUACAGCCUCUAUCCCCCGUCCUCUCCCCCCAUUACCAAACCCCUUCCACCACUUCCCCUCGUCAAGAACUCACACCGCGUCUCUUCUCAGGGUUCAUUUGAUGGUUCUGAUGCCACUUCCUCUUACUCGGCCUCUCGCCUCUCUCAGGCUUCCAAAUCAUCAAAGGCCACAUCAUCGGGUCCCGACCAUAUGUCGAAUGAUGCUAUUGCGCCACUCUCAAGCCCUCUGUUCCCCUCGCCUCCUCUACAUCCAUUUUCCACGCCGAGUGAGGAACGAUCAAAGCCCAAGCCAAGGCCACGAGCGGGCUCUGCCGCCAUCGAUCUGGUGCCCUGGAAACACAUGAUCUCGAACGAUAAGGUUGCCAAGGAUCCAACUGUUUUUUACUUUGACGUUUCGACCACCUCCGCCACGCUUGCCAGCAAACAUGGAAAUAACAUCAUCAAGGUGUGGUCUGUUGGAAGUGGGAUUUUGCAGAGCACCAUCAAAUUCUCAUGCUAUACAGCCGCCCAAGCUCGCUCGCGCGAAUACUUUGUCCGCAGUCACGCCAUUCUUUCCGAGCCAGCCACAAUGAUUGCCAUUGCCACUGGCUUUGGUGAUACCCUUGAAGUAUGGGACUGGGCCAAAAAGAAGAAGCUCCAAACUAUCGAGAAAGCAGACCGAUGGGCCGCUGUUAGGACCAGUGUUUACGAAGCUGGCUUCAGCCCUCUAGUUACCUAUGCAGGCGACGCCGACACAAUCGAUCUUUAUUCCGUCUCCCAAAGCAAGAAACCCUUCACCAAGAGCCGCACCAUCGAUCUUCGCAAAGCCAACCUCCCGGUUAUUCCCCAGUACCCCGAGCUUGCCUUCUCUGCAACCGGUCCCCUGCUUGUCGCCGCCUCUGGACCGCGACCACCUCGUCCCGGCCAUCCUCCUCCCGAGCACGAAACGCUUCUCGUAGCCUGGGACGUCGGGGACCCUACGGAUGGCUCACAACCCACGUCUCAUACCCCAUACAAGUGUGUGACCCCCUGGGCGCAUACAGAGCUUGAAACUGCCUUGCCGUCUGGUCUAGCAACUUACGGUUCGGUUGCCGUCUCUAUCUGGAUCCCAGCCUCAUACCGCGCCGUACCCAUCCCUGCCGCCCGCGGUGGGCAUGGAUACAAUCUAGCACCUGUCCCUGUUCCCUAUCGCCAUGUUUUAGUGUGGGACUUUUCGGCAUCUUCGACCAAGACCUUCCGCAUCCCCAACGCAAUAUCGUGUGUCAGUCCUGACUGUCGAUAUGUAGCGUAUUGCGAUGCGACGGGGAUUGACUUUGGUGGCCGCGGGUGCCUGGUGAUCCUAGAUGCCAUGACCGGGACAGAGUUGUGGCGCUGGCCGGACCCAGAAGCUGGGAUCAUGGAAAGCGCACCAAAACAGGGGUAUGAGCAAUUGGAGGCGUUGAGCAAGGUCACCGAGUUGUCAUUCUCCAUAGAUGGCGGGUUCCUGUUCUUGGGAGAUUCGGACGGGGGUUGCGGUGUAUACGAGGUUAGGGAGGCGACAGCGGGGGCCAAUGGGCAAAAGCUGAAUGUUAGGCCCAUAAGGUGA